UUCCUGGAUAUAAACUUCCCCAACCUGCAUGGCCUGACCCCUCUGAUGCUGGCUGUGAGAGAUGUGGACCUGUUUGAGAGUCUGGAUGUGUCAGCAGUCUACAGACCUGCGGAAGUUCUAGCCGAGCUCCUCAGGCACCACGCAGACCCCAAGCUCUGUGACUUCCGUGGAAAGUCAGCAAUACAGUACGCGUCACGAAUUCAGAGCCAGAGGAAGCAGCAGUUACUGGACAUCCUGAUGAGUUCGAUGCCCAAACCAGAAAGACACACUGAGUCACUGCUUGAUAUUUGCCAUGAGACAAUCUCUAGCCCAAUGGACUUGACGGUUUCCAAAACUGAAAGCAUCAUCCUGCAGAGCAUCAGCAGCAGUGAGGACUUUGACCUUGAAGAUGAUUUUAGCCCAUCCGAGUUACCUGGGGAAGGAGGAGCUCCGAGGAGUGAAGACUGGCCUCGGAGGACAGAAGGUGUUGAGAUUAUUGUGACGUUUCCGACAGAUCCUCCGAACGAAGCAAGCCAAGAAGAUUUGAAAGGAAUCAAUCAGGUGACUUCAGUGCAUCAGGAGGGGGCACAAGUGCAUCCUGUCUCUCCACCAAAUGAAGCAGAGAUGGCGGACCUCACAGUAAAGACGCUGGCCACAUGGCCUCCACUUCUGAAGACAGCAGAAAACUCUGAGGAGCUCUGUGGUGGGCACAUGGUUCUCUCAUCACCCGGACCUUGCUUAGACCCAGGCACCGCAGUCAGGGAGGAGGCCCCUCAUGUUCUCAAAGUGCCGCAAAGAAAAUCUGAUGAGUUUCCUACCUCUGACAUGGGAUUCAGUAGCCGAAGAACUGAGCUCCCUCUGCCUCCACUCUCAGUCUUGCCCAUGAGAUCUUGUGUCCUCGAUAUGGAAAAAAAUCACAAGUUCCCAGGACAUAGGGAGAGAAAAGUCUCGGGCCCCUCUCUCUCUGCCCAUAAGCUCCUGGAGCCUCUUAGCCAAUCAGCUGAGUUUAGUUCAUCAAAGACCCGUCUAGAAGUCUCAGGGGAAGGACCAGCAGAACAGACCCACAGGCUUUCUGACAGUGCCAUUUGGUCUAGAAACAUGUGCUCUUUCCGGAAGGCAAACCAUCCCAGAAGACAGGGGGGAGUGGCAGAGAGUUGGCCAUCCCAGGAAAUGGAGGGACGGGACAAAACUGAAACCUCUUGCUUUGAAGAAGGGCCAUCCUUGGUUUCCUAUGAGAGUGUCAAGGAAGACAAUAUUUACACAGAGAGAGAAAGGGAUAGUGAGCACCAUGAUAGUGAAAUGAGGAAAGGGGGCGAGAACUCCCAAUAUCUUCCAUCAAGAAAAAAAGAGGGUUCAACAGCCAGAGCGUUUGAGCAAGACUCAGAGGUUGAGCACCCCAUUCUCAGCAAGCUCCAGGAAGCCUCGAGUUCAGAAAUCGCCCCGGUUGAGGAGGAAGAGACCCCAAAUGAGAAAGUUCCUGAUUCCAGAAGCAAUGCUGUAUACAAAGCUGGAGCAGUGGAGCCAUGCAGGGUGUUGGAGAAGGCCAGUAUUCUUAAGAACACGCCCAGCAUGAACUCAGGUGGCUCCGCUGAAGAGCUCCUGGAAGCUCACAGUCACAGAGACACAGAACGAAACAGAAAAAUAUCAGUGGAGGAAACAACCAAACCAGGAAUGAAUGGGGUGGUGCCGUUUAUCCAUAUCACAUUCCCUGGAGAAGGGACAGCCAAGGCACCAACCAGAGCCAAGCCAAACCUCCAAAAGAGAAAGCACCCAGUUCAGAGCAGCAAUAGUCUCAACAUACUUGCUCAACAACAACACGAUCAACUCCACACAAAUACUCAUAGCACCAAGUUGGAUGCAAAGACCAAGGCCAGAAACAGGCCUCCUCCUCAUCUCACAGUCUCCACCCAAGCUUCCAUUAAACCCAGCAUGCAUAAAAACAGCAUAAAAUCUCAAGUUUUCCCUGCUUUGGAACUUGUGGACCCCCGACCACAUCUGUCUCCCAAGUUUCAAAGGAGAGCACCUGUGACAGAGAAAAAGAAGUCAACCUAUCAGACCCAGAAACCUAAAAAGCAAGCAUUUCCUCGAAUCGGUAAAAACUCGGGCAUCAAAAAGCCAGGUGCUCCCCUCUCAGCUGAAACAACAGACCCAAGACUGCAUUUCCUGGAUUUGAAGUAUAGUGACAUGUUUAAGGAAAUCAAUUCGGCUUCCAAUGGACCAGGCAUCUACGAGAUGUUUGGGACUCCUGUUUAUAGUCACAUUCGGGAGGCUGAACGGCGGGAACACAGAUAUAACCGCGAGGCGCGCACAGCUGCAUCGGCCCGAGGUGCUGUUAAUAAGUGUCAGUCUUCCCAAAGUGACAGAAGCAGCAGUGGCAGAGUGAGACUUCUUCAGAAGCGACCACCCGUCAAACCCCCAAAGCCUUUCCUUGGUCUCAGGCAGAAGCACAGGGGUUUAAUGUCUAAAGAAAGGGGUUGCAAGGUGAUGGGUAGUCACAGAGAGGAUGGUGUUUCAGAACCAGACUGGCAGAUGAGAGCUUCAGGAAAUGACUGUCUGUCUCCCAAAGAUGAAGUCCGACUCACAAACUUGACCCCGAUCCCCGAGCACUCCCCUGAACAGAAAGAGCCCCCUCCUGUCUCAGAUCUCUCCGUUGUUGAGGAAAUCUUCACAGGGGAGUGUGCUGACGAAGCAGGCAUCCUUAACAAGGACGGGCUUACCCAGAGCCUUGGAGACCUGACGGAGCCUAAAGGGCUGCCCCGGCAGACCCUGCUCGUCUCCUCAGAAGACAGCUGGGCUGUGUUCAGCGACAAGAGCGCAGGCAGGCGCAUGUCACCAGAAAAGGAGGAUGGAGAGCCUCUCGACAAAAUAAAUGCUGACCAAAUGUUCAUGGAGUUCGACAGCCUCUCAGAGGAGUGGAAAACACCCCUGAGCUUUUCAAAUUUCUCUUUCCAGGAGAAUCCAGAAUGUGCACCUUCCCCUACAGAACAAGACUGGGCACGUUCUUUGGAUCAGGACAGCUUAGAAAAGAACUCCGUCACAUAUCAAACAUUUGGAAAGCUUUCUCAAGAAACCCUAGACCCAGGAAAGAAUGAAGAAUUGACAGAUGAGUUACUAGGUUGUCUAGUUGAAGAACUAUUAGCCCUUGAUGAGAAAGACAGCAGCUCUUGCCAAAUAAUGACAAAUGAGGCAGAUGCCGAAAACCUGAAUCUUGUCUUCAGUAGGAGAGGUAAUACCACCGAAGAAUUGGACAGACAGACAACAAAUGCCAAAGUACAGAGGUAUAUUAAUGGAUUGAGGAUAUAUGACAAGGAAGAAAAUUGGCUUACCUCAAACGAAAAAAAGGCACUUUCUGACAGGAGUUUAAAACACGAAGAGGCUAUAUUCUGGACCAAGGGUGAAAUCCUUGGGAGAGGAGCCUAUGGCACAGUAUAUUGUGGGCUUACUAGCCUAGGGCAGCUAGUAGCUGUGAAGCAGGUGGCCCUGGAUACUUCUGAUAAAUUGGCUACUGAGAAAGAAUACCGGAAACUGCAGGAGGAAGUGGAUCUGCUGAGGGCGCUGAAGCAUGUAAACAUCGUGGCUUAUCUGGGGACGUGCCUGGAGGAGAACACCCUGAGCAUCUUCAUGGAGUUUGUCCCCGGGGGCUCCAUCUCUAGCAUUCUAAACCGCUUCGGGCCACUGCCCGAGACGGUGUUCUGUAAAUACACAAGGCAGAUUCUGCAGGGCAUCGCUUAUCUCCACGAGAACUGUGUGGUGCACCGGGAUAUCAAAGGGAACAACAUCAUGCUCAUGCCAACUGGAAUAAUAAAGCUGAUUGACUUUGGCUGUGCCAAGCGUUUGGCCUGGGCAGGCUUAAACGGUACUCACAGUGACAUGCUGACGUCCAUGCGUGGGACUCCAUACUGGAUGGCUCCUGAGGUCAUCAAUGAAUCUGGCUAUGGAAGGAAAUCAGAUAUAUGGAGCAUUGGCUGCACCGUGUUUGAGAUGGCCACAGGAAAGCCUCCUCUGGCUUCCAUGGAUAGGAUGGCAGCCAUGUUUUACAUUGGAGCCCACAGAGGCCUAAUGCCUCCUCUACCUGACCGAUUCUCAGAAGCUGCUGCGGACUUUGUGCGCUUGUGCCUGACCAGGGACCAGCAUGAGAGACCUUCUGCGCUCCAGCUCCUGACACACUCAUUCCUGAAGAGAAGCCAGUGAGCCCACCUCUGCUUUGCUGUAGGGAAUGAUGGUUAAGGGACUUGUUUUCCUACCGUAAUUUCAACCUAGCUCGAUUUAACCAGAUCCUGCAGCAUUCCUGGAAAGCUUUAGUUACUUACUGACCUUAAAUUUCAGGCAUGACUACCUAUGUGCAUGAGAAGAAGAAUUUCAUAAUAAUAUUAAAAACACCAAAAGCCCCCGUUCCAGUGUUUACAGUUUUAACUGACCAAGACUGAUUUAUAGACUUUUAUUAAUUGUUUUGAGUCGGAGUCUCACUAUGUAGCUCUGGGUGGACUGGAACUCACUCUGUAGACCGGGCUAGCCUCGAACUCACAGAGAUCUGCCUGCCUCUACCUCAGAGUGCUGGGAUUGAAGGUGUGCAUCACCGCACCCAGCUUAGUUAUUGUAGCAGUUUAAAAUAAA